AUUAACAUUUAUCGGACGGUUUUUGAAAUGUAUGAAAAAGUAUGAGACGAUUUUUUUUUCAACGAUCAUUGUGCAAAUGAAGCUGUAUCAGCAUUGUGAUUUUACAAUUUAAAAAAGAAACAAAGAAAAAAUUGUGAAUAAAAUCGUGGUUGAAGUUAAGGUGAGUGCGACAUUUAUCACAGCACAUACACAAUUGAACCUGGUCCUUUAAUGCAACAAACCAAAAGUAAAAGAAAUCAAAAGAUCGUUAAGUGAAAAUCGGUUUAUUAGUGAUAAAAAAUGAAGUGCUGAACUGUUUGUGAUGUUGAUCAUGAUGCAAAUGAAUACAAAUCAAAUUGCAGCUGGAUAAAGAGGUUUAUUUCUUAUCCAAUCAAUAAAAAAUGUGCAGUUAAUAUGAUCAUUUUAUUUGACCAAGUUUCGAGUAGUGAUGCUAAACAAAAACAACCUCAAAUCAAACUAAUUCAAUUUACUUUGCUCUGUGAAAACUUGAAUUGGAUAAAUAAUUAUCCGAACUGGAUUCCGUUGAAAAUCAAGAGGGUGGAGCCAUGUAUAUCUCGUGUGGUGAAGAUGCUGUUGCUGUGGAGGCUGAGAUGGGAUACGUUCCCAACAAUCCUCUAUUCGGUCUUCCACUCGAUAGUCCACAGGAAUGCUCACCAAGUUGCGGUGGCUGCAUUAGUUGUCAGGGAAAUUCAACCAUUUCAAUACAGUCAUUGCGUGAAUCUGACUUAAAUUGUGAAAAUUGUCUUGACAGCACUGACAUCCUAAGUGGCGUACAAUCGAAUUCACAAACAAAUUAUUGGAGUCCGGACGACAUGAAUUCAUUUUCAACGCUGCCACCAUUGGAUAUCGAUCCCUUGCCAAGUCUUUUUUCAUUUUCUCAAUGCAGCGGAGCACCAUACAAAUAUGAUCCGGACCCACAACAAAUACAAACUCAAGCUCAAAAUUACAAUCAUCCGACACAAGCAUCACUCUCAUAUACGGUGCAUCCACAAAUACUGGUCUCACCGGGCCAAACGCAAACCCAACCAAACAAUUGCAAUUCCAUGAAUUAUUAUGAUAAUCAGUGCAAUAAUCAACAUCAACAUGUAGCCGCACCGCCAAUGUAUCCCAGCAUGAGCGUCAACGUAAGCAUGAACAUGACCAUGCAUGGAUACGGAAGUGAUAGUGUGCCAAUGCAAUGUUCACAGUGGACACAACAACCUCCAGCAUCAUCGGUUAAUGUUCUAUAUCCGCCGGCCCUGUUAAGUCCUGGACAUUAUCCGAGCGGUGCAACAUAUUCAUUUACGGCCGACUUUCGGCCACCAAUUCAGGGUCAACAGCAAAUGAAUACCGUUAUUGAUUCGAAUAAAAUGUCAUUGUCACCACAACGACCAUUUUAUUCGAAUAGCAGUUUGACCUAUUCACCACCUCGUAGCCCAUCGUCGCUUCCUAGUGGCCAAACAAUAUUGAGAAAUACCAAAAAUUCAUUGGGUUUAAAUUUCGAAGAUGAAGACAGCAAUGAUUGCAUACAAUCCGAUACAAAACCAAAUCUGUGUAGACUUUGUGGAAAAACCUAUGCACGACCAAGCACCUUAAAAACACACCUUCGUACACAUUCAGGCGAACGUCCAUAUCGUUGUCUUGAUUGCAACAAAAGCUUUUCACAAGCAGCCAAUUUAACAGCACACGUGCGCACACAUACGGGCCAGAAGCCAUUUCGGUGUCCUAUUUGCGAUCGCAGAUUUUCACAAAGUUCAAGUGUAACAACGCACAUGCGCACUCAUUCGGGCGAAAGACCCUAUCGAUGUAGGGCUUGCAAGAAAGCUUUCUCCGACAGUUCGACGCUGACAAAGCAUCUUCGCAUACAUAGCGGCGAGAAACCAUAUCAGUGCAAAUUGUGUUUAUUACGCUUUUCUCAAUCAGGUAAUUUAAAUCGUCACAUGAGAGUGCACGGAACUAAUGGCAACAAUAUGAUAACAUGACACCACCGGCAAGUAUCACGGUCAUCAAACUAUGAGGUGACUUAUUCACAACAGUAUCAUUCGGCUGUAUACUCAUCGGCCUCAUAUUCAUCGUGUGCCGACGAAUUACAACGAUUACACAAGAAAGCAGCUAUACACUGUACAAAAAUUACAACAUAAAGCUAUAUAUAUAUGUAUUUUAAUGUGUCAAAGUGCAUACGUCUAGACUCUUAAGACAUUUUGUGGUGCAAUACACAUCAUCGAUUAUAAACUUCAGUACUAACCUCUCCUGGACGAUACGAUAUUCUGAUAAAAAAAUGAAUGCGACCACCAACCCUGGAAAAUCACCAUCUGCGUCGUCUUCAUAUUAUUCAACAACUUUUAUUUUGUUUGUCAUAAAUGUUCUAUUCGUUUAAGUCAAUUCAAUUCCCAUUUUUUAGUAUAUAUGCGUGUGUCUCUUUUUCGGAUAAAGAAAAAAUAAUAUACAUCUACUGAUGUAACAGAUGUAAUUUUAAAUACGAUGACUGUAGUUUAUACAUAUUUUUUUUACCAAAACAAUGACAAUGUUUAUUAUCUGCUAAAAUUGGCCAAAAAUCAUACUCAAUUACACCGAUUUACACAUCCUGAAUAUUAUUUUUUUUAAAAAAUGUUUUCAGCCAACAAAGACGAUCAGAGUAAAAUUACAACGAAACAUAAAUCCGAUUAGUACGUGUGUCUGUUUGACUCAAUGAUGAUGAAUGCAUUAAAAACAUUUCCAUUCAUUUAUAUAUUUAUAAAAUAUGUGUAUUACUGUUGGAAAAUAUGUUAAGUAAAUGAGAACAAGAACAAAAACCGAUAUAUUGGGUAAUCUAGUCGUUUGUUUCGUCCGUAAUUAAGCAUUUAGAACUGUACAUUUUCUUCACUAACUUCCCCACACAUUUUUUGAAAAAAAAAAAAAAAAAAAACGAUUCGGGGGACCAUCAUUAUUUAUUCAAAUUAAUUUAAUAAGAAUUGAAGGGAAGAAAUCAAGCAGACGGCAGAUUCACUAAACAUUUCGUUUAUUAGAAAUAAAAACAAAGAACGAUUUAAAAUGAUAUUAUUAUCUUAG